UGACCAGUUGUCAAGAUGUUAUUUUCUGAGGUUAUUUCUUAACCCAGAUAAAGGCAAUUAUACAGACAGAACAUAUAUCUACACAAACUCAUGUAAGCACGUGUCUCGAUGGUUCAAGAACAGCACACUGACUCUCUGUUUCGCCUCCCAACAUUUGUCUCCGAAACCCACCACCAAGUUUCUCUUGCAACCUUUGCAUGAGACUAGCUAGACAGAGCUGAAACUCUAAUUCGAUUCUCUCUCUCUCUCUGCCUCUCUGUCUCUGUCUCUCUCUCCUCUGGCCGUCACGUAUAUGUUUCCUUGCGCACACGCAGCGAGCCCAUUUCACCCCCUUCCUCACCACGUGGUCUUCCUUCGCCUUUUGGCGAUGCCGAUAUAUGCUCAUCACCCUCUUACCGCCUCUUUUGCUCCGCUUCGCUGUGUACCCGGCGAUCCCACAAUGCUCUGUUCUUCUUGAUCUUUUCCUUCUUUGCCAAAAUAAGCGAUUUUUAUCCGACCCCCGAAAAUGGGUUCGGUUCUUCGGCUCCGGAAACUCUGUUAUGUGGAGCCAGUGAAGUUCCAGUCCUUUGAGUCCAUCAAGAACGCUGAGAAGCAGCAGCAGCAGCAGCAGCAGCAGGAAGAGAGAACCGUUUCUGAGGUGGAGAAUGCGGUUCAAAAGAAUGGUCGUGAUGACGAUGAGGAUACGAAGAAGAAGAAGGAGGGGAAGAAGAAGAUGAAAGAAUGGAGGUGCAUUGAUUCGUGUUGUUGGGUGAUUGGGUGCUUGUGCACUGUCUGGUGGCUCCUGGUGUUCCUGUACUACUCGUUGCCGGCUGCAUUGCCUGGGUUUCAGCCGCCCGAGUCGCCGGGGGCGCGGCUCGGCCGAGAGGGCGUGCGAGCGCUCCACCCGGUGGUUCUUGUCCCUGGCAUUUCGACCGGCGGGCUCGAGCUCUGGGAAGGCAAGCCCUGCACUGAGGGCCUAUUCCGGAAACGGCUCUGGGGAGGCAGCUUCACCGAAAUCCUCAAAAGGCCGCUGUGUUGGUUGGAGCACCUCUCACUGGACAAUGAGACUGGACUCGACCCCCCUGGGAUUCGAGUGCGGGCCGUUCCAGGGCUGGUUGCAGCAGACUAUUUUGCACCUGGGUAUUUCGUGUGGGCUGUCCUCAUUCAGAAUUUGGCUAAAAUUGGUUAUGAGGAGAAGAACAUGCAUAUGGCUGCUUAUGACUGGAGAUUAUCAUUCCAGAAUACAGAGACUAGAGAUCAAGCUCUCAGCAGAUUGAAGAGUACAAUAGAGCUCAUGUAUCUGACUAAUGGUCGCAAGAAAGUGGUAGUAGUUCCUCACUCAAUGGGAGUCCUCUAUUUCCUUCACUUUCUAAAGUGGGUCGAAUUGCCUCCUCCAAUGGGAGGUGGUGGUGGACCAGGUUGGUGUGCCACGCAUAUUAAAGCGAUUAUGAAUAUCGGUCCACCAUUUCUCGGCGUUCCAAAGGCAGUUAGUAACAUACUCUCCUCUGAGGCCAAAGAUGUUGCCGUCAUCAGAUCAAUGGAUCCUGGGGUUCUGGAUUCUGAAAUUCUUGGGCUUCAGACUCUGGAACAUGCUAUGCGAGUUGCCAGAACAUGGGAUUCGAUUAUCUCGUUAGUCCCUAAAGGAGGAGAGACGAUUUGGGGCGACUUGGAUUGGUCUCCAGAAGAAGGGCAUGGUUGCAGUCUGGCCAAGAGAAGAACCCUGCAAUCCUCUGGAAAUAACAAGAAUUCAAACCACACCAAUGGAAAGAGAACUUUCAGUGCCAUGAAAGACCUUGCAAAGUAUGGAAGAAUAAUUUCUUUCGGCAAAGAGGCAUCGUAUAUACCUUCUUCACAGCUCCCAAGUGUUGAUCUUAAGGAGCUUUUACUUGGAAAACCCUCGACCAUAUCUAACUCGACAUGUCAAGAGGUUUGGACCGAGUACAACGAACUCAGCAGAGAAAGCAUUCGAGAUGUCGCAGACAAUAAAGUGUACACUUCUCAAACUCUCCUCGAUCUACUACGUUUUGUGGCCCCCAAAAUGAUGAAGCGUGCAGAGGCUCACUUCUCUCAUGGGAUAGCUGAUGAUCUCAACGACCCCAAAUACAACCACUACAAGUACUGGUCGAACCCACUCGAAAUGCGGCUGCCAGGUGCUCCUGACAUGGAAAUAUAUUGCUUAUACGGAGUCGGAAUUCCCACUGAAAGAUCAUAUGUCUACAAGAUGUCGCCCACAGGCAAAUGCAAAAGCAUUCCCUUCCGCAUAGACAGCACGGCUGAGGGGUAUGAGGACAGCUGCUUGAAAGGCGGAGUCUACUUUGUGGAUGGUGAUGAGAGUGUGCCCGUCCUCAGCUCCGGCUUCAUGUGCGCCAGAGGGUGGAGGGGGAAAACGAGAUUCAACCCCUCUGGAGCCACCACGUAUGUGAGAGAAUACCAGCAUAGACCCCCGGCGAGCCUGCUCGAGGGCCGAGGUUCCGCAAGUGGGGCCCAUGUCGACAUCAUGGGCAAUGUGGCCUUCAUCGAGGACGUCCUUAGGGUUGCCGCAGGGGCCACCGGCGAGGAGAUUGGCGGUGACAGGAUCUAUUCCGACAUUAUGAGGAUGUCAGAAAGAAUAAAUAUACAGCUUUGAUUCUCUGGGAGAAAUUUGAGGAGUGCCAAAGUGACAGCCUUUAGGAGAUGACGCUUCUGCUAACUAAUAAGAGAGACAAAUGCAAUAGCGGAAGAAUUUGCAGCUCGGAGAGAAGAAAACCAGCCACAUAACAUUUUACACUACGCUUUGCCUUGUAUGUGUAGCUAGAAUUGGAGAACAGAGGCUGCUCUUAGGAAUCUGAUCAUCGACAAGCAGAGCCAGAUUUUGGUCUUUAUGUAGAGGGUUGACGAUGACAUAG